CUAUAUUUAGGCUGGAAAAGCCACGGAAGUCGCAAAAGGCUUUAUUAAAUUGUCCGCGACGAAAUGGCUGACGAAAUACAUCCAUGGUCAUUGGAUGAGGGGUCAUCAGUUGACUGGCCAUCAGAUACAGAGCCCAUGAACAGACUAGAGGGUAAUGGGUCACUCAGUUCAGGACCACCUGUAGACAGCUAUGAUUCUGUAGAGGAGGGACGAUCCCCCAUCCUAAUCAAACUUCUGGAUGAGGAGAGGGAUGGCGUGGAAACAGUUGACAGUCCUCGACGGAAGUCAGGAGCGAUCGGAGCGUCGCUGUCGACAUGGUCAAAGAAAGAUGGCCGUUUCUGUCAUCGGCUUCACAAAGAGGAUGGAGCCAUAUGGAAUGGUGAUGAAGUGCAAGACGGAGAUGAGCUUCAGUAUAUCAACCACAUGAACAUGCGUGGAUGGAAUCAUCAAGAAGUCAUGGAGACAAUACUCCACCUGAAGAAUGAAAUCACUUUUACUUUUUUCCGUGAGAAAAAGGACUUUGAACAAGAUCACAUUGAACGAACAGACGACCUAUUCAUUGAGAUAACCUUCAGUGUGGGUGACCUUGACUCCGAUGGCAAUGGUAUCUCCAUAGGUGAUGUAGCCUCCCACAUCAAAGAUGUCACCAUUAAAAUAGUCCAGAGUAUUUCCUACAGAAGUACACUGAAUGUUGUGUCAUAUUGUGGGACAAAACAAGUGAAAAUAGGCCACGGCGCCUUGACACAACAUUUCCUCCAUGCCUCGCAGGACAAUGUCACAAUGGAGCAACAAACUUCAGAUCAGGAAGCAUAUUGUUUCAAGAUGCACAGCUAUUCUGUUCAGGAUACUGAAGACCCUGACAAACUGGGGUGUAUGGUGGCAUUCCAAAGCUGCUUGAACAAAAAGUUCCUUAUGUGCCGGAAGGGCUCGAACAGACUCUCCCUACAGCAGAUUGACAUUGAUGACAAGCUCAAGGUGAAGGCUGCAAACAGCCCUUGUCUGUUUCUCCAGACAGUCAAUGGUAGUGGUGACUUCUACUUAGAGUCUGUAGCCUAUGAAGGAUAUUUCCUUGGAUUUGAUCAAGUUGACCUUCUCGAGCUGACAAAGUUUGCGAUUUCCCCAACAUCUCCUGACUUUCAUGAGUCUGGCUGUAUUCGUCGGAACUAUACCUUUCACCUCUACUGAUGCUGAAGGAAGUGGAGAUACAAAACCUGAAGAAGCCAGUAUUGACUGCAGCUGCCUGCCAUGGCAUGACAACACAGACCUACUGCACUGGGGUAUUAGCCAGUGUGGAUAAAGGAAGGGUCUAUUUUGUACAGUACGUGCUCUUGUUUUGUUGCACCUGUGAAAUGUCAAAAUGUGGGCGUGUGAUGAAUAUGCAACAAACAAACUAAAUUAUUUACAAAUAAUGUAAUUGACACAAACACCAUCUCACACGCGUAUGCACACACAAAUUCCAAAUACUUGGUUAAAUUUAACAAUUUUCCAUUUCUGUAGUAUUAGCAGUGAAAACAAUGUUACAUUGUUGAGAUCAAUGUCAUAUAUAGAGAGAUUAUUACACGAGAAAGUGUCAUGCGACUUAUACAAAA